AUGCUGGCGUCUUUGGAACUACUAGAUCGACAUUGCCAAACCUCUUCUAUCAGUCCGCUCGCUGAGAUAUGUCCCACGAAAGCGUUCUAUCCGCUUCCCCCCAAAGAGGACGUCAUGGCGUUGCUUCAUGACUAUUUGCAAACCGUGAAUGUCCUUUGCCCGCUGUUUCAGCCCUCGGUGCUUAUGUCGAUUUUCGACUGUCAUGAUCUGGACGCUAUGUUUCAAUUUCCUAGCCGCUGGGCUUGCAUCAACGUUGUACUCGCAAUGGGACACAUUUUGCGCAUCAAGGAUCGGAGCGUGGCGCAACCAGAACACCAAAAAAGCUGGCAAUUCAUCAAAAAUGCACUGGGGGCUUUGACCGAAAUUUGUCUUGGUCCACCCGAUCUGUGGGCUAUCCAGGCGCUUAUUGGAAUGGUAUUCUUCCUCCUUGGCACUCCAAAUGCCCAGCCAUGCAGCUUUUUGAUCUCGACUGCUAUCAACCUCGCUCACCAAAUUGGACUCGAGAGGACGGAUGAAGAGCAAUCGAUAUCAGAUCCCGAAGAGCGAGAGCAACGACGAAGGAUUUUCUGGAUUGCUUACUGUAUUGAUCGAGAGAUAUCUCUUCGAUUCGGGUGUGUUCCUGCGCAGAGGGACGAAGACAUGGUGGUGAAUUUACCGACGGAUUCUCCGACUGAUGGAGUUGGCGUGGUGCCUACAAGAGAUGGACAAGACAUCUUUAAUAUAUUCCGAUCAUGUUGCGAGCUUGCCAUGAUCAAGGGCCACGUUUACAAGCGCCUCUAUUCGGCUGCGGCAACGGACAGACCUCUCGCCCAGACAGUAGCUGCUGUUGCCUCAUUAGAUGAAGAACUUCAGCGAUGGAAAAAGACCAUUCCUUCGGAAUACCAGCCAGACUCUCCGUUCCCUAUACUUUUGCCCCAGUCACCAGAGUGCGGGCUUCUCCUCAUAUCGCACUACUCCUAUUUCAACUGCGUCAUCUCAAUGCACCGACUCAUCGUCACCCGAGAACUCUUCAAGGAGAUGGACCUGAGCCAGAACAUUGGCCCCUCCACGUCACCAACUCUACCAUCCAAUGAGAGCGUAUUCAUGUCAGCGUCACUCUGCGCCCGGGCAGCGCGAGACUCGAUCCACCUGAUAAAAUACAUGCCAGAGGACAACAUCUCUAUCAUCGGAAUCCUACUUCAUUAUGCGAUGGUCGCGUCGAAAACCCUCUCCUUCGGCAUCCUGCGCAACCCCAACGAGGCUUCUCGAGUCUACGACAUGAAGCUCAUAUCCCGAGUGGAAACAUUCCUCUCAUCGCUGAUCUUAAGCACUCCUAAUGAAGGAGUAGACCGGCUAGUUCAGUACUGCGCUCAGUACCGCUCCGUCGCGGAGGCCGCAAUCAAGCAGGCCGCGAAAGACCCUCAACACUAACCGUGCAAUGUUUAUGUCUCUCCGUUUGUCAUUGAGACAUCUGUAUAGGCGUGGCAUCUAAUAACACUGGAUGUCAAGUGUCUCAUGUUGCCAUAUUCAUUCAUGGCAUAUUGGGCUGGUUGCAAUGUAUUCAUUCUUCACUUCAUAAAUUCCUGUUCUCUUUCUUCUCUUUUGGCUCCCAUACUAUUCCUUCCUUUUCUACUUCAUCCUUCUUCCCUUUUUUCUCUCCCCUUUCUCAUUGUGAAAUAACCCCAUUCAUGUAAAGAAAC